UAUCACGUCAGCCGACACAUUUCAAUAAAAGACCAUAAUCCAUGAGUUGGAGCAAUCAUUUGAUAUCAAAUCAUGCUGAAAUUCGCGUUGGUCACGCUGCUCGCAACCUCAGCCUUCGCUGGGUCUGCUAGCAGACUGCCCUUGAAGAGUUUCUAUGGACGCAUUAUUGGCGGAGGCCCUGCUGACGCUGGUGAGUACCCGAGCCAGCUGUCGUUGCAAUACUUCGAUUCGCACAGCUGCGGUGCCUCGAUCAUCAGCGAAAAUUAUGCGUUGACUGCGAGCCACUGUGUUGAAGGCCGUUCUGCCGGAGAUCUGAGCUUAAGGUCAGGUAGCGUGGAUGUGAACGGCGGAGAGCGUCAUCAGGUCACCAAUAUCAUCAUGCACGAGAGCUACGAUCCCAUCGAUUCGUGGAACAAUGAUAUUGCAAUUUUGGAGGUCUCGCCUGCUUUCGUCUUCAGUGACAAUGUGCAGCCGAUCACUCUGCCCAACCAAGGAGACGCACCGGCUGUCGGCUCACCUGCCACGGUUAUCGGCUGGGGACGAAUUAGUAAUGGUGGAGCACUGAGCGACGUUCUAAAGGAGGUGGUCAUCGAGGUCAGGGACCAGGCUUUGUGCCAGGGUGUGUACAACGACAUUGGCUACGACGUCUAUGACGGACAAAUUUGCGCUGAUGUUCCCGAAGGCAACUUGGGAUCGUGCAAUGGAGACAGUGGUGGUCCUCUGCUCGUGGACGGCGUAGUUGUCGGCUUGGUGUCGUGGGCCAACGGAUGCGCCACCCCCGGCUACCCUACUGUGUACAACAGGGUUGCCUACUACAGGGAUUGGAUCACUCAGCAGACUGGCGUCUAAACUGUUUGGAUGUUAUCAAAUGAAAUAAAAGCCACAUACUUUA